GCGGAGGCGCGUGGGCCGCGCACGCGCCGCCAUGGCAGCCAGCGACUGGGACCGGCGAGCGCUGCCCGUCUGCGUCGGGGCGGUGUUGGCGACCGCGCUGGUCGCGGAGGUGCUGGUGGUGCUGCUGCGAUUCCCUCCGCCCGGACAGCCGUUCCCGUUCUGGCCCAUCGCCUCGCUGCUUUUCCUGCUGACCAGCGCCCUGGAGAGCUCGCGCCGCUUCAUCAUGGCUUCGCCCAGCACGCGCGGCGUCAUGCUGGCGGGGGCGGGGCAAGGAUGGGAUUACUGCUAUGCCUGCCAGACCCACGUGCCACCCCGCUGUAGCCACUGCUUUACCUGCAAUGUUUGUGUCCUGCGACGAGAUCACCAUUGCCUGCUGCUCGGCCAGUGUUUGGGCUAUCAGAACUACCGUUACUUCCUCUGCCUGCUGCUAUAUGGGUCAGUCGCCUUGCUGUACGGCAGCUUGCUCAACGCUAAUGUGGUUUGGAUGCUACUAGAGGAAGGCGGUCUUGCCCACACAAUCCUCCUGCUGACGCUGCCUUGGCUGAUGCUCUUGAUGGGGCAAGUCAGUUUCGUGACCUUUGUCUACGCUUUUGUGACCGACAUCUGUGUUGUGGGCUUCUUAUUCUGCAUCAGUUUCCUGCUGUUCCACAGCUUGCUGGCCCUGCGCGGACAGACCACCAAAGAAUGGUUUGAAGGAAAUCGCCAAUACCACCUGGGCUGGCGAAACAACCUUCGAGAAAUCAUGGGAAACCACUGGCUGCUGGCCUUCCUCACACCUUUCAUCACUUCCCAUUUGCCAGGAGACGGAAUCAAUUUCCAAACCAGCUUUCCGAAAACAGAAGUGCUCUCCAGAUCACACAGCAGUUAAAGGUUUUCCCCAUCUGUAGUUAUGAGGAAAGAUGAAUUCUACUUCCUUUCAACGAUGGCUUUCUUCGCUCAAAAGCAGACAACUUGGGCGAAAAUUCUGACGGUUUUGUCUUACAUCAUUGAAAGCGGAAGCAGUUUGAUCUUGGAACGGUGGUGACCGAUUGCUUACCCCACGUUUUCCCCCCGGGAAGGGGGUUUGCAGUGCUUUCGUUUCAGUGAUCUGGAAAGAAGGAAAUUGCUAAUGGGGGCAAGAGCGGGGGGACACUCGUGCUUGGCUAAACUGGUCUAAAUGCAAUGGUUAAUAUGGAACCAUCUUUCCCUUGGUCCAAAGUAUAUUAUUUAUAUAUGUGUCUGUGUAUUUUUUUUUCUCGCCCUUAUAUCCACUGCUCUGAAAAUUUGCACAUCCCUUCUUUCCCCAGCUUGGGAAAAAUGUGAAGCUAAAGUCAAAAGAAAAACACUGUCUAGAAAUGGAUUCAGGGACCAAAAUCCAAGUUUAUAAUGCUUUGCAUCUCAGUUGUUUUCUCCCCUUGCAGCAAUUGUGAGAUUGUUUCCCCCCCCCCCCCUGAGCCCUAAGAUCAUGCAGAAGUCAAUAAAUCUUACGUUGUGAAAUAUUAAGGCAGUGUUUCUCAACUGUGGCAACUUUAACACAAGUGGACUUCUUACUCCCAGAAUCCCCCAGCCAGCUACGCUUUAAGAGGGGAUGGGUUUCAACUUCCAAAAUUAAAUUGUGCUGGAAUUCUGGGAGAUAAAAUUCACUCCCCUCAAAGUACCUUACCUGGGGAAUUGUGAGAGUUGAAGUCCACCAUCUUAAAGUCACCAGUGUUGGGAGAUACUGUGUCAGGGAGAUGAGAUAGUUAACAAUUUUCACCCCUUGUCAUUCUCCCUGUUCCUUCCCCACAUUUGGCACUGUUCCACCCAAUAUUGUCCACCCAAAUGUCUCUCUUCCUCCUUUCAUAUCCAAAAUCCCCAUGGAAACGUUUGCACUGUGAGAGACCCACAAAAUGUGUGGGCAUGGGGGAACGCAACAUUGACUAUUCUUUUUUCCUUUUCUUUUUGUUAGAUUUUAUCCACUGCCUUCUAUGAUGGUCGUUUCAAUAUUAUUUUUAAUGCUUUAAUGUUUCUAAGCCACCCAGAGUUGUUGGAUACAAGAUGGGCAGCAAACAAAUUUCCUAAAUAGAGAAAUAAAGCAUUUAUACAGUGGCCUUCUAUAUUUAACCAAGCGUUGAUUGCACUGUAAAUUUUUCAACCCAAAAAAUAAACUCUUCCCAUUUCUUCAAGCUAGGUGUGCAGACUAUUAUCAGUGGGGUUAAUUUGAAUGUCACGAUAAUGCAGUGGCCGUUGGUUGGUGUAAACAACCUUGUGAAGCUCAAAAGUAGCACUGUGCUUGCCAGCUUUCUUGCCUUUCUUAGCAACUUUGAAUUAUGUUGGCCUUGGAUAAAGGAUUUAAAUUAUAUUUUUCAUGAACUCUACAGGGAAGUGUGGGGCAAAUGGCUAUUUUUCUGUUUUAACGUUUCAUGUAACUUCUUGAGAAGAAGUAAAGAAAUAAAUGAGGAAAAAAAUAAUGCAGUGAUCCAUCCUUUUGUGAUCUCUUUGUGUUGUUGUUUUAAGUGGCAUUGUAGUUGAUUGUUCAAAGGUCCCCAACCCCCAUGCCAGUACUGUACCAGUCCAUGACCUGUUAGAAACUGGCCUGCACAACUGGAAAUGGGGAGUGGGCAAGCAAGCAAAACCAACCCGUCCAGGUCCAUGAAAAAAUUGUCUUCCGCGAAACCAAUCACUGGUACCAAAAAGCUUAGUGACUGCUGGAUUAGAGGUCUCAAAUUUGCUGUCUGUAAGCCACACCAUCUCUGAGUAUUUUUUUUCUUCAGAUUUUAACAACCUUGCUCUCUCCAUGCUGAUUUUGAAAACAAAUUGCCUGCCCAUUCCGAACGGAAAACAAAUAUUAGUAUUCUGGUUCAUGGAAAACAUUGCCAGCUAUGUCCCCAAAUUUUAAAUCACCUUUCUCUCUUUCUCAAAAUCCAGCUUUCCUAAUGAGGACCAUAGCUAGACUGCAGAAAUCAAGAGAGCAACAUAGAAUUUUCUGUAUCUGUGAGACCCAAGCUUGGUUUAGAUUUUUGCAACCCAGACCUAGGUUAGAUGUGAAUAAGACUCUGUUGUUUUGAUCUGACUUAAAAGUCAGGCUUGUUGUUUUAUUUCUUUUUUAUGUAUUACCGUAAUUACAUUUUAAAAACUGCCCACAGAGAAGUUUUCUUUACUGAUUAGAGCAGUGUUUCUCUACUUCAACUUAAAUCUGGGUGGAUGUCAACUCCCAUGCUGUCUAGGGAAUUCUGGGAGUUGAAGUCCGCACAGGUUUAAAUGAACCCCAGUAACACUGGAUUAGUGAAAGACCUAUCAUUUAAAGUGCACCAAAUAUCCCACUGAGCUAAAACUUCUGUUUGAGUCUCCUCUUAAAACUCAUCAUAGAUAUAAUAACCGGUAUAUCUUUCUUUUCAGGGCCUGAGUUCAACCCUGUGACACAGACUUGAGGUACAAGGCCCAGCUAGACUUCAAAUCUUAGCAGUGGUGUUUCCAUGCCAACGUCCAGCCUGUCCUGUGUCUUGCCUUUAUUCCAGAACCCACUGUGUUGGCUGGGCUUGUUCUGAGAGAGGACCAGUUGCUUCGGUAACCAGAGAGUAGCCAGGACUCUUCCAUGUUGUCGUGGGCACCAUGUUGAACCCUCAUCGCCAGUCUGUGCUGACCAAUGCAUGUAUCAAGCCCUCGGUGGACCCCAUCACCCGGACCCCUGGCACCAUCUAUGAACCAAAGGGGCAGGUCCGACUUUUGGGUCUGCUUUCAGAAAACACUCCG